AUGAGCGUGGGAAAGAGUGGGCAAAGGCAAGGCAGGGGGGCAGAAUCCCAGAUCUAUAAGCAGAAAGCCACGCAAGCGCAUAUGGCUAUAAAUAAGGCGAGACGGAAGAAGAAGAAAGAACCAGUCACGUAUUCUUUACCUCCGAAAGAGAAAUGGCGUCUCACAUUGUUGGAUACCCUCGUAUGGGCCCCAAGAGAGAGCUCAAGUUUGCUUUGGAAUCUUUCUGGGAUGGGAAAGAGCAGUGCCGAAGAUUUACAGAAGGUGGCAGCUGAUCUGAGAUCUUCCAUCUGGAAGCAGAUGGCUGAUGCUGGGAUCAAGCACAUCCCCAGCAACACUUUCUCAUACUACGAUCAAGUGCUUGACACCACUGCAUUGCUCGGGGCUGUUCCACCUAGAUAUGGAUGGAAUGGUGGUGAGAUUGGAUUUGACACAUACUUCUCCAUGGCCAGAGGAAAUGCCUCAGUUCCUGCUAUGGAGAUGACCAAGUGGUUCGAUACCAACUACCAUUUCAUUGUCCCUGAGUUGGGACCUGAUGUCAACUUCUCCUAUGCUUCUCACAAGGCUGUCGAGGAAUACAAGGAGGCUAAGGCGCUUGGAGUGGACACCAUUCCAGUCCUUGUUGGUCCUGUGUCAUACUUGUUGCUUUCGAAACCAGCAAAGGGUGUUGAGAAGUCCUUUUCUCUUCUCUCUCUUCUUGGAAAAAUCAUUCCAAUCUACAAGGAAGUUAUAUCUGAGCUUAAGGCUGCUGGAGCUUCAUGGAUUCAGUUUGAUGAGCCCACGCUUGUUAUGGAUCUUGAUUCUCACAAGUUGCAAGCAUUCACUGAAGCCUACUCUCACCUGGAAUCAACUCUAUCUGGCUUGAAUGUUCUUAUUGAGACCUACUUUGCUGAUGUUCCCGCUGAGGCAUUCAAGACCCUCACUUCCUUGAAAGGUGUCACCGCAUUUGGUUUUGAUUUAGUUCGUGGUGAUAAGACCCUUGAUUUGAUUAAGGGUGAAUUCCCUAAGGGAAAAUACCUCUUUGCCGGAUUGGUUGAUGGAAGGAACAUCUGGGCUAAUGAUCUUUCUGCCUCCCUAAGUACUUUACAGACUCUUGAAGGCAUUGUUGGCAAAGAUAAACUUGUUGUCUCCACCUCCUGCUCUCUUCUUCACACUGCUGUUGAUCUUGUUAAUGAGACCAAGCUGGACCAGGAAAUAAAAUCAUGGCUUGCUUUUGCUGCCCAGAAAAUUGUUGAAGUUAAUGCUUUGGCCAAGGCCUUGGCUGGUCACAAGGAUGAGGCAUUUUUCUCUGCUAAUGCCGCAGCUCAGGCUUCAAGGAAGUCCUCCCCAAGGGUGACCAAUGAGGCUGUUCAAAAGGCUGCUGCUGCGUUGAAGGGCUCUGACCACCGCCGUGCUACUAAUGUAAGUGCUAGACUUGAUGCUCAACAGAAGAAGCUUAACCUUCCAAUUCUCCCAACCACUACCAUUGGAUCAUUCCCACAGACCAUUGAACUCAGGAGGGUCCGUCGUGAAUACAAGGCCAAGAAGAUUUCUGAGGAGGAGUAUGUCAAGGCCAUUAAGGAGGAAAUUAGCAAAGUUGUAAAGCUUCAGGAAGAGCUCGACAUUGAUGUCCUUGUCCAUGGGGAGCCCGAGAGGAAUGAUAUGGUUGAGUACUUUGGAGAACAAUUAUCAGGCUUUGCCUUUACUGUCAAUGGCUGGGUGCAAUCUUAUGGAUCUCGAUGUGUGAAGCCACCAAUCAUCUACGGUGAUGUCAGCCGCCCCAACCCAAUGACUGUGUUCUGGUCAUCUGCUGCUCAGAGCAUGACUGCCCGCCCAAUGAAGGGAAUGCUUACAGGCCCUGUCACCAUUCUUAACUGGUCCUUUGUUAGAAAUGACCAGCCCCGAUUUGAGACUACCUACCAGAUUGCUUUGGCCAUCAAGGAUGAAGUGGAGGAUCUUGAGAAAGCUGGUAUCAACGUUAUUCAAAUUGAUGAGGCUGCUUUGAGAGAGGGGUUGCCCCUAAGGAAGUCGGAGCAAGCUUUCUACUUGGAUUGGGCUGUCCACUCCUUCAGGAUCACCAACUGUGGUGUGCAGGACACUACUCAGAUUCACACUCACAUGUGCUAUUCCAACUUCAACGACAUCAUCCACUCAAUCAUUGACAUGGAUGCUGAUGUGAUCACCAUUGAGAAUUCUCGCUCAGAUGAGAAGCUCCUGUCGGUCUUCCGCGAGGGAGUGAAGUACGGUGCUGGCAUUGGCCCUGGUGUCUAUGACAUCCACUCUCCAAGAAUACCAUCAACUGAAGAGAUUGCAGACCGGAUCAACAAGAUGCUUGCAGUGCUCGAGACAAACAUCUUGUGGGUUAACCCUGAUUGUGGUCUCAAGACUCGCAAGUACGCUGAAGUGAAGCCAGCCCUCAGUAACAUGGUUGCUGCUGCCAAGCUCCUCCGCACCCAGCUCGCCAGUACCAACACACACAAGGAAUGCUUGCAACAAAUAGAUGAAUAUGAGACGCUCGAAGGGCAUAAUGGAAUGAAAGUAAAUAUGGACUGGAUGGGAAAUUAUAAUUUGUGGACUUCACGCAUGCAUGAAUAUUUUGCUGGUCAAGCUACACAAGAUGGAACAGUUGAUACAUAUUGGAGAAGAUUUGCAUAUGAAAAGCGUGGUGGCUUGGAUGGAUAUGUUGCGCUUCUGACUUCUGAUCAAGUGAUUGAUCGGCCAAGCAAAGAACCUCCUCUUGGCCUAGACUUGACGUCGGUGAGGAACCUCCAUGGUGGAACUCACUUCAGCGGAACUCCCUUCCGCAGAACUUUCUUUGCGGAAUUCCCUUCCACAGAACUUCCUCGACGGAACUGCCUCAGUGACACUCCUUUAGGUAGAACUCAUUUCGGCGGAACUACCUCAACGGGGCUCCCUUCCUCAGAACUUCCUUGGCAGGACUCCUUUUCGUGGAACUUCCUAGGCGGGACUUAUUUCUGCGGAACUCCUUUCCACAGACCACGGAUUGGAGAUCCGGAAGAUUCGGAUUGA